CGUCGUUCUUGGCUUCCUCCUUUGAUUUUUUGUUGGUGGCAAUUUUGGGUUUUAACUCUCAGGGGGAGAGGACUAUGCUGGGCUUGGAGCAUCUUUCGCAGAUAGGAUGCAGUACCGAGUAUAAUAGAUGUCAAGAUGAUUGGUUUGUGACUGAGUGUGCUUUGCUGGGUGAUUGGUAUCUGUCAAUGGUCUUGUGGUUGGGAGGUUUUGUGGACGUUCUGUGUUUCAUUAUAUGU